GUUGCAUGCCCAGCGCUAGCCCUGGAUCGGCCCAACGCUACGGGUACCUUCGACGGUGUUCUCGGACAACUGUGCGGACCUCGAAGUAUCUUUGCUGCUAACGACGGGCUCCUCCCUGAGCCUUCAACCCAUUGCGUCCAGUGCGAUGCUGUUGCCGCUCAGCUCGGUAUAUUCGAUGCGGAUAUCGUGGCUGCUGCCUGUGGCUGUUUGGCGA